UUCACACGCAUCAAAUUGACAGAAUUGGUCGUACAUUAAAGCUAGGCAUACAUAUAUAUUAUUAGCCUGACGAUAAUCUUUAAGGUUCUGCAAGAGACUGACAGCAUGGGCAAGCUGGUAAAGUUGGCAUGUGGGAGAUCAUUAUAUAAGGAGGCUAGUCACUACACCAUACUCCGCCACAUCCUUUUGCUCUUGGGUUAUCUGUCUCUCUUUUGGUCCUAUGGAAGAGGAUGAUCAAAGAGAACUGCGGCUGCUACUCUCCUCCUCCACCCGACCUCCCUCUCAUGCACCAAAGUCCUCGGCUGGAACGGACACAUCUGACCAUCCGCUACUUGAUCUUAAUCUGUCAAUGAGUAUCAGCACACUGCAGCCAUCUGCGACUGAGGAAUCCCACGGCUAUGCGAGGAGUCUGCAACUAUUGAAGCAACAAACUGCAGAGCAGAUCCGACUUGCAGCUGUAGAGAAUGCUUAUGCUGAACAGAUAAGAGAGCUGACAAGGAGGGAGCUAGAGUUGGCUGAGCAAGAGUUUGCCCGUGCUCAGCUGGUCUGGGAGCGAGCCAGAGAAGAGGUGAAGAAGGCCGAGAGGAUGAAGGAGAUAGCCACCAGGAGGAUCAACUCUGCAUGUUUGGAGAUCACUUGCUACAGUUGCCACCAACGGUUCCGGCCGUAGCAGAACCAAUUCAACAUCACUCUUCAGCUGUAUAUGGAUCACAACAAUGAAGCGAUCAUUCCUCCCCCAUUCAACUCUUCCAAGAUGACAUCCCCAGUCAAAAGUCAUGUGCUAUCGCCGUUGCCGUACUGAUGAUGUCCUUAAAAAUUUUCUUUCCCCAUUGUUAAUAACAAGCUAAGCCACUUGAGCUAAAAUAAGGAAAUUGGUAUUGUCAUAAAGGAAAUGCUGUUCCAAUUGCAAAAUUGUUGACAUGCU